GGGAGCGGAUCGCGGCUGCACCGGGAAGCUUGAGAUGGCGGUCGUCAGUGGGACCGUGUAGUUCUGUAGUUCUUCUGGUUCUGGUCCUCUGAGGAGAACUUCUGCCUUACCGAGUCAUGGAGGGGGGGAAACCGAGCCUGGCGCUGGUCUACCAGGCGGUCCAGGCCCUCUACCACGACCCGGACCCGGCCGGGAAGGAGCGAGCCUCGGUGUGGCUCGGAGAGCUCCAGAGAUCGAUGUAUGCCUGGGAGAUCUCCGACCAGCUGCUGCAGCUCAAGCAGGACGUGGAGUCGUGUUACUUCGCUGCUCAGACCAUGAAGAUGAAGAUCCAGACGUCCUUCUAUGAGCUUCCUCCAGAGACCCACAAUGCACUGCGGGACUCUCUGCUGACCCACAUCCAGAACCUCAAAGACCUGUCGCCCAUCAUCGUCACGCAGCUGGCUCUGGCCAUCGCUGACCUGGCCCUGCAGAUGGCCUCCUGGAAAGGAUGCGUUCACACGCUCAUAGAAAAGUACAACAACGACAUCAGCUCCAUGCCCUUCCUCAUAGAGAUCCUCACCGUGCUGCCGGAGGAAGUCCACAGCCGGUCUCUACGGAUCGGAGCCAACCGCAGGACGGAGAUCAUCGAGGAUCUGGCGUAUUACUCCAGCACGGUGGUCACUCUGCUGACGACGUGUGUGGAGAAGACGGGGAACGACGAGAAGAUGCUCAUCAAGGUGUUUCGGUGUUUGGGCAGCUGGUUCAACCUGGGAGUCCUGGACAGUAACUUCAUGGCCAGCAACCAGCUGCUGAUGGUCCUUUUCCAAGUCCUGCAGAGAGAUGAAACCUCCACCAACCUGCACGAGGCGGCAUCGGACUGCGUCUGCUCGGCACUCUACGCCAUCGAGAACGUGGAUACCAACGUGGCGUUGGCUCUGCAGCUGUUCCAGGGCGUCCUGACGCUGGAGACGGCGUAUCACAUGGCCGUGGCCCGGGAAGACCUCGACAAAGUGCUGAACUACUGCCGGAUCUUCACCGAACUCUGCGAGACGUUCUUGGAGACGACGGUUAGGACUCCAGGUCAGGGGAUGGGAGACCUGAGGACACUGGAGCUGCUGCUGAUCUGUGCAGGACACCCGCAGUAUGAGGUUGUGGAGAUUUCCUUUAACUUCUGGUACCGUCUGGGAGAACAUCUGUAUAAAAUCAACAACGCAGCACUUCACAACAUCUUCAGACCGUACAUACAGAGACUCCUGCACUGUUUGGCCCGACACUGUCAGCUGGAUCCAGACCACGAGGGAAUCCCAGAGGACACCGACGACUUCGGGGAGUUCCGGAUGAGAGUCUCGGACCUCGUUAAAGAUGUCAUAUUUCUGGUUGGGUCCAUGGAGUGUUUCUCUCAGCUGUACUCUACAUUAAAAGAAGGAAACCCUCCCUGGGAAGUGACGGAGGCCGUUCUCUUCAUCAUGGCCGCCAUCGCUAAAAGUGUCGAUCCAGAGAACAACCCGACGUUAUCGGAGGUGUUGCAGCAGGUGGUUUUACUACCUGAAACCGUCCACAUGGCGGUUCGAUAUACGAGCAUCGAGCUGGUUGGAGAGAUGAGCGAAGUCGUGGACAGAAACCCACGAUUCCUCGACCCGGUGCUGAACUACCUGAUGAAGGGCCUCAGAGAGAAACCUCUGGCGUCUGCAGCAGCGAAGGCAAUCCACAACAUCUGCUCAGUGUGCCGGGAUCACAUGGCUCAGCACUUCCAGGGUCUGCUGGACAUCGCUCGCUCACUAGACUCCUUCGCCUUGUCAACAGAGGCCGCCGUAGGACUGCUAAAAGGUACAGCUCUGGUCCUGGCUCGGCUUCCUCUGGAGAAGAUUGCGGAGUGUCUCAGUGACCUGUGUGCUGUUCAGGUCAUGGCUCUGAAGAAGCUUCUGGCUGAAGAAUCUAGGAACGGUAAAUCAGCUGAUCCCACCGUGUGGCUGGACAGACUCGCGGUUAUCUUCAGACACACAAACCCCAUCGUGGAGAACGGACAGACUCACCCCUGUCAGAAGGUCAUCCAGGAGAUCUGGCCGGUGUUGUCAGAGACCCUGAACACUCACCAGGCCGACAACAGGAUCGUGGAGCGAUGCUGUCGCUGUCUCAGGUUCGCUGUGCGAUGUGUCGGGAAAGGCUCCGCCUCCUUACUGCAGCCACUCGUCACUCAGAUGGUGAGUGUGUACCAGGUGUAUCCACACUCCUGCUUCCUGUACCUGGGCAGCAUCCUGGUGGACGAGUACGGCAUGGAGGAGGGCUGCAGGCAGGGACUGCUGGACAUGUUACAGGCUCUGUGUAUGCCGACCUUCCAGCUGCUGGAGCAGCCCAACGGUUUGAGGAAUCACCCCGACACCGUGGACGACCUGUUCAGGCUCGCCACCAGGUUCGUCCAGAGGAGUCCCGUCACUUUACUCAGCAGCAGCAUCAUCGUUCACAUCAUCCAAUGUGCCAUCGCAGCCACGUCACUGGACCACCGAGACGCCAACUGCAGUGUCAUGAAGUUUGUCCGAGACCUCAUCCAUACUGGAGUCGCCAAUGACCACGAGGAGGACUUCGAGGUGAGGAAGCGUCUGAUUGGUCAGGCCAUGGAGCAGCACGGCCAGCAGCUGGUCACUCAGCUGAUGCACUCGUGUUGCUUCUGCUUGCCGCCGUACACGCUGCCGGACGUCGCUGAGGUUCUCUGGGAGGUCAUGGUGUUCGACCGGCCGACGUUCUGCCGCUGGUUAGAAAGCGCCCUGAAAGGUUUACCGAAGGAGACGUCAGGAGGUGCCGUGACCGUCACCCACAAACAGCUGACAGACUUCCACAAGCAGGUCACCAGUGCGGAGGAGUGUAAACAGGUGUGCUGGGCCAUCAGAGAGUUCACCAGACUGUUUCGAUAGCUGCAAGCUUCACACAACACCAGGUUAAAUCUUUUGUUGACCAACAUUCAGAGGUGACGGCAGACGAGGAUCCAAAGGGAUGAAGAUGAAGAUUGAGGGACUUUGAAUGUGAAUCAGGACGAAUCGCUCUGAGGGACUGAUUGGACGGACUGAGUCCAACCCCCCACCUCACCUGACCUUACCUCACCUCACCUGUAGCAGGUGUUUGGUGGGCGGGGUCGGGCCCAGCGGGCAGGCGGGGUCGGGACAGGGAGGAGUUCACCUGGCGAGGAUCAGUCCUGCUGCUUCUACGGAAACGACAAAUCAGAGGACGCACCUGGUCAGCAGUUUUUAAGAGAAGAUUUAUUUUCGGGACUUUUGGUCGUGAUGUUUUAUGUCCGUGCCAUAAAAGGAGCCAGAUGAUUUCCCAUGAUGCUCUUGGCGGAGCGGCUGCCUGAAGAGGCGAGAUGCUGGAGGAUUUGACGUCACCUUUGACCUUUUUAACUUUGGUUGAAUUUUAGUUGUUUUUCCACAAAGUGAGACAGAGUGAACUCUGGGUAAUGAGGCGGAGAGACUGACACCAUGACAUCAUCUGUGAUGUAGCCUUGUUGUAAACAAUAAAAAAAACCUGAGACAAGGAA